GAUGGGCGGCCGGGCCCUGCUGCGGGCCGCCGGGCUCACCCGGCUCCUGCCCGCCCGCCACGCCGUCUGCACGGCCCAGCUCCCUGGCAGCUCAGCGGCACAAAGGACCUACCGAGGGGCCUACCCCCUUACAGCAUCUCCCCUCCCGUGCCGGUGGCCUCAAGAAACUGUUCUGAGGCCAAGCAGGUGUGGGUCCACGGCGGUGCCCGCCACCGAGUCCGAGGAAGACUUCUUUCUCCGAUGGUUCCUCCUCCUCAUUCCCGUCACCACCUUCGGCUUGGGCACGUGGCAGGUUCGGCGACGGAAAUGGAAAUUGAAGUUGAUUGCCGAGUUGGAAUCGCGGGUUAGCGCCGAGCCCAUCCCUCUUCCUGCUGACCCCCUGGAGUUGAAAGACUUGGAAUACCGACCCGUAAGGGUCAGGGGGCGUUUCGACCACUCCAAAGAACUGUACAUCCUGCCCCGGACCAUGGUGGACCCCGAGCGGGAGGCCCGCGACGCCGGACGGAUGGCUUCCAGCGGGGAGAGCGGCGCCAACGUCGUCACUCCCUUCCACUGCUCCGACCUGGGAGUCACAAUCUUGGUGAAUAGAGGAUUUGUUCCCAGGAAGAGAGUGAAUCCGGACACCAGGCUUAAGGGCCAGAUCCAAGAGGAAGUGGAGCUUGUUGGGGUGGUGAGGCUGCCAGAAACCCGCAGGCCUUUCGUCCCAGAGAACAGCCCCGACCGGAACCGCUGGCACUACCGGGACCUGCAGGCCAUGGCGAGGGUCACGGGGGCCGAGCCCAUCUUCAUCGAUGCCGUUCUCGCGAGCACAGUCCCAGGAGGGCCCGUUGGGGGACAAACCAGAGUGACUUUGAGGAAUGAGCACAUGCAGUACAUCAUUACUUGGUACGGAUUGAGCGCAGCCACCUCCUACCUCUGGUUCAGGAAGUUUGUACAGCGGCUCCCCCUUUAAAAAACCAGCCGGCUCCCCAUUAAAUUUUGUUUUGAAAAGCUC